AUGUUGAGCCUGAAUCAUCUUCUAUUGACCCCCUCUACCCAACCUAAUGCUCCCCUUCCUAGACCACCCCUAGCCAAAACUAGUAGUAAUGGAAAAACAACAUCAAAGGCUUGGGAUCAUUUUGAAAAGAUUAAGGGUAUUGAUGGGAAAGAUUGGGCUAUGUACAAGUAUUGUAAGAAAGAAUAUAUGGCAGGAUCUAAGAGUCAUGGAACAAGUAAUUUGUUAAGUCAUUUAAAAAAUUGUACAAAGUAUCCGUAUAGGGAUACUCAUGGGCAACAAACAUUGGGGUUUCAACCUAGAGAAGUUGGUGGGGAGGGUGUUGUUGAUGUUGUGGCUAUGUCAUUUUCUACCGAAGUUGCUAGGAGGUAUCUUGUUGAGAUAAUAGUAAUUGAUGAAUUGCCCUUUAGAUUUGCUGAGGGGAUUGGUUUUAAGAGGUUUUGUAAUGUCAUGCAAUCCAAGUUUAAGAUCCCCUCUUGA